GUGCAACAUAUAUUAUAUAUAAUAAUAAAUGUACAUUGUUUUUUAGUUGUUAUAAACGACAAUAAUGUAAAAUAUAGUGAAUUAAAAAUAAGUUGAGCAUAAUAAUAAAAAUGAUAAUGUGGAAUUGUGUGAUAAAUUUGAAUAAACAAUUAAUACCUAAAAGUAAUUUAAAUUUAAAUAAAUAUUGGAAUUUAAUAAAAAUAAGAAAUUUAUCAAACGAUAAUAAUGAAAAUAAAUUAAAGAAUGAAAAUGAAAAUUUAUUAAAUCUUAUUAAAGAUUCAGCAAAUUUUAAUGAAAUAACAAAUGAUGAUUGGUCAACAACACCUUAUAAUUCAGCGGGUGAAAAAAUAGCUUUAUUGUGUGAUAAUGAUGAAAAAAAUAAAAUAAAAGUAAAUCCGACAGAUACAACAAUAUUUAUGUUUCCUGGACAAGGUACAUUAAAAGUUGGAGCCAUUAAAAAAUAUUUACAUUAUCCUCGAGUUAAAGAAUUAUUUGAUAUAAGUAAUCAAGUAUUAGGAUAUAAUAUAUUAAAUAUUUGUUUAAAUGGACCACAAGAUAAAUUAAAUAAAACCGAAUAUAAUCAAGUAGCAACAAUUUUAACAUCACUAUCAGCAUUAGAAAAAAUUUGGGAAGAAACACCAUCCGCUGUUGAUAAUUGUAAAGCUGCUUUGGGUUACAGUGUUGGUGAAUUGACAGCAUUAAUAUUUUCGGGUGCAUUAACAAUUGAAGAUGGAAUAAGAUUAGCUGGUAUACGAGGUGCAGCAAUGCAAUAUGCAUCUGAUAAAGAACCAAAUCAAGGAAUGUUAACUGUUACUUCAAAAUCACGAGUUAAUAUUAAUAAAGCUUGCAAGGAUGCUACUGAUUGGGCUAUUAAUAUGGGUAUAUCAUUACCUGUAUGUCAAGUAGCUAUUUAUUUAUAUAAUCAAACUAAAGUAUUAGCUGGUCAUGAAAAAUCACUUGAAUAUAUAAUAAAUAAUCAUAAAAAUUAUAAAAUAAAUGUAAUAAAACGUUUGUCAGUAUCUGGUGCAUUUCACACUCCUCUUAUGAAACCAGCAUUAAAAUCUUAUAUAAAAGCAUUAAAUGAAAUUGAAAUCCAAGAGCCAAGAGUUACUGUUUAUUCAAAUAUAACAGCUGAACCAUAUAAGUCUAGUAAUCAAAUAAGAAAAUCAUUACCAAAACAAAUUAUUUCACCAGUUAAAUGGGAACAAAUAUUACAUUCAGUAUAUAAAAGACCACAUGGUAAUACUUUUCCACGUACAUUUGAUUUGGGAUCUGAUGGAACAAUGAAAACUAUUUUACAAAAAAAUAAUUUUACAGCAGCUGAUUCGUGUACAACAGUGUAAUUAUUGUAUUAAUAAAAAAUAUACUUAUUUUUUUCAUUGCAAUAAUUAUUUUCUUUAUUAAUAAUCUAAACUAUAUAUAGUUUUAUUAUAAUUAUUAGUAAUUAUACAAUUAAUAAUAUAUGUAAUUAACACUGCUAAUGGUAAUAAUAUUAUCAAGAUUAAUAAAAAAGAAAUAGAGAUAUAUUUAUAUAUCAUUUGAGCUAAUAUUGAUAUUAUUAUAAAUAUUAUUUAGUUAAUAUAUUUUUUUAAAGACUACGAAUAUGUCUUGGUUUACGUACUAAUAAACAACAAGAUGAUAAUCCUAAACUGACUUUAGCUAAUUCAGACGCAUAGAGUGUUCGAGUAGGAAAUUCAACUUUAUCCGCAAAAAGUUUAAAUGAUAAUGGGAUUUCAUCUUCACUACGAUGAAUAAGAGUACCGUUUACAUAAAUAACAUUAGCAGCUGCAUCUUCUGGGACUGUUAGAGUUUGAUAAGUGUAAGUCGCUUCUCUUUCAAUUCUCUA